GCCCUGUGUUCGCCGUGAUGGCUCUGGAUCCCGCAGAUCAGCAUCUAAGACAUGUUGAAAAAGAUGUUUUGAUACCUAAAAUAAUGAGAGAAAAGGCCCGGGAGAGAUGUUCUGAACAAGUCCAAGAUUUUACCAAAUGUUGCAAGGACUCUGGAUUGCUUAUGGUAGUAAAAUGCCGGAAAGAAAAUUCUGCCUUGAAAGAAUGUCUAACGUCUUACUAUAAAGAUCCAGCCUUUUUUGAAGAAUGCAAAAUGGAAUACCUGAAGGAAAGGGAAGAAUUCAGAAAAACUGGAAUUCCUACCAAGAAAAGGCUACAGAGGCUUCCAACAAGCAUGUAGUCAAUUAGUAAAAUACUCAGCACUCUAAUGCUAAUGGGAUUGCAAUCACCGGAAAUAGACUCAAAGAGAAAGGUGUUUGCUUUCUCCUAAAUUAUGGAAAUAUUAAAUUUUAUCUGAAAUAAA